AUGCGAGAGACAACAUUCCUGGCUGCCAGUCGUAGGCUUGCCACCCAAGCCCACACCAUCCCCAGAAUCGUCGGAAGAUCCCGGAGAAAUCCUUUGGUCGUUAGGCCUCCUGUGUUCAAGAGAGAAGGAAGCACCAAGAGCAUGCCUAUGCCAAUAGCUGCCGUCUCCACUGAAAGCAAGAGGAAGAGACGAAAUGAUACAGAGGUGUUUGGCAACAUCCUAAGUUCCUUGGAGCAAGGAGGUGGACUGCCCAAGGCAGGGGUUGUAAACCAACCACUGCCUAUGAAGGAGGAGGCAGCGGUAGUGACGGAUGAACCAGUGAAGGAUGGAAUAGUGGUGGUGGAAGAAGUGGUGGUUGAAGAAGAAGAAAAGACGAAUAAUGUUUUGGUCCCAGAGACUCAGGAGGCAACUGUCAUCGCAGAAAUUUAUGAUGAACCUCCAAGAAGAAAAGAAGAGGAAAUUGUUGCAGGGGAUGUACAUCCAGAAGAGGCCGAGAAGGAUGAUAAGAAGAGAGAGAAGCAGCUAGAAGAGGCUGAGAAGGAAAAUAAGAAGAAGAAAAAGAAGGGAAAGAAGGCUGGAGAGGCAAAGUCUUCACAUCAUCGCAAGGCAAGAAAAAACAAAGAGCAAAAGGAUGAUGAUGAAGAUGAAGAGGCCAAGAGAAGAGUGGAAUAA